AUGGAGUUAAUUGUGGAGUGUAUGCACCGACAGAAAGUUUCCCCUGAUCCAAGAACAUGCGGCUAUGUCUUCUCUGCAUAUGUAAAUUCUGGUUUUCACAAUACAGCAAUUGAAGCAUUUCAGGUUUUAAGCUUGCGUAUGAUGUCUGAAGAUGGGAACAUACUUGGUGUAAAGAAAAAUUUUGUGAAUGAAUUCAUCCUAUCUGAAGAUUUGGCUGCUGAGUCACGGAUACUUAAAUUAUUUGAAGAUUCUGAAGAUGAACUUGCAGUUGGGUUGUUGAAUUUAAGAUGGUGUGCCAUAGCUGGAUUCCCAAUAUGCGAAUCAGCAGAUCAAAGCCUGUGGGCUAGAAGACUGGAAGGAAAACAAUUUUUAGAGAUGCACGCAGAGGCUGUAUCAUACAUAUCCGGUGUCAACCGUGGCCAUCGUCAUUGCUUCAGCUCUGCACAGGGUGCAAUCAGUGUCUGGAAAAACAUUAUGAUGAAUGCAGAGAUGAAGAAAAGCAAGUUUAGCAACAUUAUCCAGUUAUCACCGACCCAACUCGCCAAUACUGAAAAGACAAAUACAUUCAAUGCAAAAGUUCUAAAGCUGCUUGAUGACUACAAUGAUGAAGGCAUGACAAGGGGAUGGACUCUUGGCCUUGGUUUGUUCAAUCUUGGUGUUGCACAUUUUUCCACUUCACUUCAAGUUGGUGAAAACCGUGAUCUAAGUUGCUUGGUGAGAAAAGUGUGCAUCCAAACACUUGGGAAAUUGCAUUGUGGGGUGGGGAUUGCCUCGGGUGGUGAAAAUUUGUCUCCUAUCUUUGAAGAAAUAAAGGAAGAAGAGUCACAUGAAGCCUAUUCACCUCCCACCAUCACUCCUCUUGCACAACAAGGAGACCUUAGUUUGAUUCAACUUGUGCAACAACUAGAAGAGAGUAGACGGGAGACCAUUGCACAACUAAAGGAAGAUAAAAGACAAAGUGAGAUUAUGCUUAGAGAACACAUCCAAAGGCUUAAACUAAGGGAGGAAGAUAGGAGGAGGAAGAGGUCAUCUUCAAGAGACACUUAUGAGGAUUAUGAAGGAAGGAGGAGGCAUCAUUCCUCUCCAAGGAGACAACCACCACCAAUCAAGAUUCCAAAGUUUAAAGGAGAAGAAGAUCCCAACAUCUACUUGGAGAGGGAGCAAAAAGUGGACCAAUUUUUUACCAUUCAUGUAAUUAGGGAACAAGAGCAA